GAUACAAUUGAAAUGAAGCUGGGAAAUCUGACGCUACAUGUGGGAAAGGAAAGAGCACUAGAAAAAAUUUGGCGUGAAUCCCUAAAGCUACACGUAGAACCCGACUUGGAAAGAACAGAUAUGUCGCAAAUGGAAGUGAUUGAGGGCGGAACAAUUAACCUGGGAACAAUUGAAGCUUCCGCCGUGUUCAUUCUGGACAAGGAGGAUUCCAAAGAACAGAAAAACGAAGUGGAGGCGAUAAUGAACCCAAGCGCAAUUGCACUGGGGCCAAGAACAAGGGACGGAUACGGGUUCGGUAAAUAGAAAACUUAAAAGUAUAAAAGGGAG